CAGCUAUCGAACACUCUAUCGACUGUCUCCCAUCUCCAAAACAGAUAUAUUUACCAAUUGUUUAUAUUUUCAUAUUUUUUUGCAACGGUUUUCGUUGUUUAAUAGCCCUUCUAUGAUUAAUUAACUUAAUUAGUUUGAAAAACAAAUGUCUUUAUCCGUGGACAACAACAAGGCGGGGCUUAGAAAGAUGGAUAUGAAGCUGGAAAACUAUCCUACAUGCGCCGUGGAGGCACUAACUCGAUUGGAAACUUUGAUUGCCAGCCGAAACAAGCAGAACAUGGUAAUGCAAAUCAUAUCGGAGUAUAUAUUUCUGGAGAGAAGUGCCAAGGAUGGUCCACUAAAGUCGCAGGCGCUGCCCAUCAGCCAGUUGAACCUGUUCCAGGAGUUUCAGCUGAUCAUAGCGCUUAUUGAGUACUUCUCUCGGCCCGGCAGGGAUGCUACGCGCAAUGCCAUAUUCCUGUCACUGUUCGGCAGUCAUUUGACUCCGCAACGCUCCAAGCUUCUGUCCCGGCUUAUAAGCACAGCGGUUUCCGGUUCUGUAGCGCCGCUGCUCUCCUCCGCCGGCACCUGGAUGCAGCAGGUAGGCUGCAAAACGCCGCUCAGCCUGGAGGUGGCGCAGAAUAUAGUCAGCGACUUUAUAUCCUACACGCGAAAGACACCCGAGCAACUGAAGCAUCUGCCGAUGGUGGGACCGCACUUUGCGGCCAACUUUAUGGUGGCUGUGGCGGAUCUCUAUUUAAAUGAACAGCGCUCCCAUGUGCUAACCCCGCCGCCAGAUGCGCUGCUGGACACAAUAACCGAAUGGAUGACGGAGAAUCCCACAUUGUGCCAGGCCUCGCAGCAGCCCUUGAUUCUGCCAGCGGGUGCUAUAGCUAUGCCCUUUGCUACGCCUUUGGCCGGACUCUUGCGAUGGGUGGUGCUGGCUCCCUUGGUCUCCAAUAGGGCUGCCUACAGCAAUCUGCAUCUAUCCCUCCUGCGAACCCUCCAGCAGCUGGUUAGCAGCGGAGAGACCACUGCUUUGCCCAUCCAGGAUCUCAUGCAGAUCGUGCAAUCCCUACAGAACCACUGCGCCCGCCUGAGCGAGUCGAAGACGGACCCGGACACGGAUGCAGCCUAUCAGAAAAGCAUGGAACGCUUCGCCCAGGCCGUGCAAAUCGCUUUAAGCUCAAACUGCAUCACCAAUCAGAUACAGUUGCUGUGCGUCCUGGAAUCUUUGCCUCCACAUAAGCUGAUGAAGAUCGUCAUAGCUGCACACAAAAAAUAGUAGAAUAUGAAAUUGAAUUGUAAUAAAGAUUUUUACAAAGACGG